AUGACCGUGUCCGGCAACGUGAGCUGGGACACCUCCACCUUGGAGACGAGAGCGGGCGAUGGGAGAGAAGAAAGCACUUUAGAGAGACUCUCUGGCUUGAAGGACUCGAAGGACGCGCGGUGCGGAAAGGAGUCGGCGUUUGCCGUGGAGCCCCAGGUUGUAAAUACGGUGCAGGUGGAUCCUGAGCAACUGGAGAGCGACUCUGAAGACCUGGAUGGUGGCAAGGCGGCAGCAGAAACGCCCAGCCCUCGUGCUGGGGCAUCGGUUGGCGGCGGGGAAGAGAAAUAUCUUAAAAAUGAACCAAAGCAACUUGAAGGCCUCAGCAAAGAGCACUUAGAGAAAAGCAAGAGGGGAAUCCAGAGGGUCGACUGGAUUUCUAGACCCAACAAAAGCCCAAGUCCUCACUACAAAGACAUGAGCAAGCUGACAGAUGUAGCAACCAACUUGCCCUUUCGGGGACAGGCCGUGCGUGAAGUGCCUCCUCCGCUGACUCCGACGGUGUUCAGAAAAACGCUAAACCCUGUCCUCGGCAAGUCCAAAUCCCUGGAGAGCUCCUCAUCCCACAGGAAGGGGCUGAUGGUCGACUCAGACUUGGGCGAGAUCAACCCGCUCAACACGACCGAGUGGACAAUCCAGAAACCGAGUCUUCAGCUCGGCGCGGACCUCGCCGUCGGCAAGCAGUCCUGGACGGUAAAUGCUGAAGAUUCGGUGGAGCGGAUCCCGUUGAUGUCUCUGGAGCCGGCUCCCUGCAGCUCCUACGACAUCGAGAUGAGGCCCUACGUGUGCAGCGUCUUGUUGGAGGAGCAGGGGAAAGAGGAGCUGGGUCCGGAGGAGGACCCUACGGUGUACACCUGCAUCGAGUGCAGCAUUUACUUCAAGAAAAAGGAACAUUUGAUGGAUCACAUGCUUCAACACAAUCGUGGACCAGGGAGGGACCAAGACAGGGACGCUUUAGGAGGGCAGUGUCAAUUCUGCUGCAACGAGUGCGGAUGGGCCUUUGGAGACCCCACGUCUUUGGAGCAACACAAAAGGCUCCACCAAGAAUCUAGGGAAAAAAUUAUCGAAGAGAUCCAGAAGUUGAAUGAGUUUCCAGACGAAGGCCGGGAAGCCCGGCUGCAGUGCCCCAAGUGUGUCUUUGGCACAAACUCCUCCAAGAUCUUUGUCCAGCACGCCAAGAUGCACGUCAAGGAGAGGAAAGACCAAGGAGCAAAGAACUUGAAUCUCUUCGGAAGCGCGGGCGGCGGAGAAAUACGGGAUAGCCCCGUGCACGGCCUCUACAAACACUUCAAACCAAAUGAACACAUGUCCCUGCAGAUGCAGGUACCGCCUCACGGCAGCGGCAAAGGGCUCAACACCUGUAUGUUCUGCAGCUUCCCGGCUCCCAGCGAGAACAUCCUUAAGGAACACAUAAAAUACGCCCAUUCCCACCUCUCCUGGGACACGGAGGUGUAUGAGGAUGAUCCCAAUCAACCGGGAACUAGCAGAGAUGCCUACAGCCCGGCCAGGUUAGGCCGGUUCGCGGAGACGGAUUAUUUUGGCAAAGCAGACCGGCUUUUCCCUCCGCCUCACCGAGAAAGCGCGUCGCAUUACGAAGCUGUCCACGGUUUUGCCGUAACUCACCCGAGACUGGACAAAAGCAAUGGGGCUAGUAAAAAGGACUACCAGACGUCAGGCUUUCACGCCAGGAAAGCGGCUCCUUUGCUCUCCAGCAGCUGA